AUGCACAAACCCCGGGGCGGCCACGGGCCCCCCCACGACGACAUCUACGACUUCUCCAUGGAGGCCGAGGAGAACCCCAAAAUCUUCCUCCGCGGGGCCGUGGUGGGCCGGGCGUCGCCCCUGGCCGAGUACAUCCGGACCGAGCACCAUCAGGGGGGGCUCUACAGCCUGCCCCCCGGCGAGGACGCCGUCGCCACUGCGCAGAAGAAGAAGCGCAAGCGCUGCGGCGUGUGCACGCCCUGCCUGCGCCGCGAGAACUGCGGGAGCUGCAGCAACUGCAUGAACCGCAAAGUGGGACACCAGAUCUGCAGCCUGCGCAAGUGUGACCAACUGAAGAAGAAGAGCGGCCGAGAGGUGGGAUUUGAGGACAAUAGCAGAGCGUGUUCUAGAACAUCAAAUCUGGAAGCAGAGACUGUUUCAGGGCGGGGGUCAGUGGAUGGCCCCAGGAGAAGGCCGCAGAUGGACAACGGGUCACAUGACCACCUAGGAGACGGCGCGCUGACCAAUGGGGCGAGCCGUCGCCCCGACAACGGCGAAGAUGAUGAAGCGGCAACAGAGGAGGCCGCAAACGGGUGCGGUUGGGGUCCCGGGCCGGCUAAGGCCCCUUUAGGAGGACCCCUUCAGCGGACAUGCUGGGGCGGCCCUCGAGGGCCCAUCAACGAGGCGGACAUGGAGGACGCCCAAAACCUGGUGGCCUUCUCAGCGAGCGUAGGUGCGCUUCCGGCCUCCGGCCACCGGGAAGAGCCAUCGCACCCUGCCCGGCAGCUCCGGAUGGACACUGCACAGCUGUACGAGAAGUUCAACCAGGAGAUGGGCAACAAGGAAGGGGUUGAGCCCCGGCCGGUGGUGGGGGUCGGAGCCCUCGAGGGGGGUCAGCGCUGCACCCAGCAGGACCUCGGCGCCCUGCAGACGGCACUAAGCCAGGCCCGGCACGGCCACAAGCCGCCAAACUGCAAUUGCGAUGGGCCCGACUGCCCAGACUACCUGGAGUGGCUGGAGAAGAAGAUCAAGGAGGCAGCAGAUGAGCGGGAAGAGCACCAUCCCACUCCUCCUCACCAACCUCAGCUCAACGGGGCUGGCCUCCCGCCCCCUCUCCUGCCCCCUGGCCAUCGUCAGCAUGGGCCCCUCCCUAGCAGCCUCCCCCCCAUCCCCUGCUCCCCAAGUGUCCUCUCCAUCGCCAAGGAGAAGAACAUCAGUCUGCAGACCGCUAUCGCCAUUGAGGCGCUGACCCAGCUGUCUGCCACUGUGCCCCAGACAGUGGUGCCCACCGCGGCCACCUCCUCAUCCAAUCACCACCACCUACAACACCACCACCAUCAUCAGCCCCACCCUGCCCAACCCCAGCCCCAACACGGGACCCACCUGGUCCCCUCCUCCCCUUGUCCCUCCCCGUCCCCCUCCGCCUCCCCCCUGCCCCAGUCCGUCCCUCCACUGGGGAUGUACCCCCAGCAGGACCCAUCGUACUGGGACCAGCACCGACCCAAGUCCCGAUCGUCCCCUCACCCGUCCUCGGUGUCCCCCUACCCCAGCCCCUGUGACAGGGCCUCCCCUCGAAAUGCCUGGAUGGGGCUGAACUCAGACCCCCACCCUCGCCUCCCACCCCAUGCCGGGGGAGACCCCAUGUCUGAGCUCAAACAGCUCCUGGGCGACACCAGCGGAAAGUACAUCAAUGCUUCCUUCAAGUUCCCUGCCCCGCUCAAGGAUAAGGGUGGGGGUAGCAGCCCGGGCGUGACUCAGGUCAAGCAGGAGAUUGACCUGGGUGACUAUCCAGGUUCACCUUGCACCGCUAUUGGCCGGUAUGGGCUGGCCAAUGGGCAGCAGCUGCCGUACCCGGGAGCUCCACAGUCGCCGGGGGCGACCAUCCGGUUCCAGACCCAGGCGGCUCUGCAGCACCACCUCCACCACAAGCGCAACCUCUUCUGCAGUGGUCCCCCUGGCCUUCCCCCUGGCAUGCCUCCCACCCAGCACCGUCCUUCGUCCACCUUCCAGGACCUCCGCAAGUGGUGGCCCCAAGCCAAAGGUCCUGAUGAGCCCACCCUGGUCAAGCAGGAGCCCAAAGAGCCCAAAAAGAAGAAGAGCAGCGCAGGUGCUUCUCCGUCCCUAAAACAGCAACUGCAGAUGCAGGGGGCCGGCAUGUACCCCCAGUUGGGCCUGCCCCCACCCAAGCCCAAGCAAAUCAUCAUCAAGAAGACCAAGCAGCGAGCGUCCCUGCCCACCUUCCUGCCCCAGAGCCAAAUUUCCAUACAGAAGCCGGUGCCGCCCAGCAGCAUGGCCCAAACUCUCGAGAGGUCCUUCACGGAGUCGGAGCUCCUGCCCAUGCCCCUGCCCUUCCCGCGGGCCUUCUGCGGCUCCUCUCAGGCUGACCCGAGCGGCGCCGCUCCAGCCCUUUCUCAGGAAUCUGUUUCGAACGGUGCUUUGGCCCCAAACCCCGUCCUCACCUCUUCUGUUCCCGAAAGCUCUCCCCCGGCCACUGCUUCCGCCCUCUUCACUCCCUCUUCAGUUCAGACACCCCAAAGCGAACAAGAGACCUCGGGCCCCCCGACAGGGAUUCAGGAGGAUGCCCCUCCAGCAUCCACAGCGACGGACCCCCCCUCCUCUUCUCUCGCGGGGCUGGUUGACUCCCUGGACCCCAAAUUCGAGGAGCUGAUCCGGCAGUUUGAGGCGGAGUUCCCGACGCCCCACAGCGAGCAGCAGGAGGCCCCCGCGCCCCAGCCCCCACCCGCAGAAGAGGCGUCCCAGUCGAACUCAGGACCAGCCAGCCCACCGAGGCACUCCCCCGUGGCGCAGCCCACAGGUGAGGCCCCGGAGCUAGGCGGGGCCGCAGAGGACAGCGGCGAGAAAGAGGGUUCCACCGCCACCCCUGCUCAACCCUCAGAGGAGGGCGCGAUGGAAGUAGAGAAAAGGGCAGAGACAGGGUUCGACAUAGGGUCAGAGGGGGCGAUUUGCCCCCCGCCCCAAACAUUGCCCCCUAGCCAGGAGGCCCACUUGCAGAUACAGCAACACCGGGUCCUGGAGGACCCCUUCACCGCCCCCUUCUCCCCCCUCCCCAAACACGUGAAGAUCGAGGCAUCCGGGGGUCUGGCCGUCCUCUCCACCACUGCCUGCCUCUCCCUGGACACGCCCACCAAGGAGGGCCCGCCCGCCGCCCCCUCCCUACGCGGCUUCCUGGAGUCACCCCUCCGCUACCUGGACACGCCCACCAAAAACCUCUUGGACACGCCCAUCAAGGCCGAUGAGGACUUCCCGACCUGCGACUGUGUGGAGCACAUUGUGGAGAAGGACGAAGGGCCGUACUACAACCACCUGGGCGCCGGGCCCACCGUGGCCUCCGUUCGAACGCUGAUGGAGACCAGGUACGGAGAGAAGGGAGAGGCCAUUCGGAUCGAAAAGGUGGUCUACACCGGCAGGGAGGGGAAGAGCUCUCAGGGAUGCCCCAUCGCCAAGUGGGUGAUUCGCCGCGCCAGCGAGGCGGAGAAGCUGUUGUGCCUGGUGCGUCCUCGCGCCGGCCACCACUGUGCCAACGCCGUCAUCGUCAUCCUCAUCCUGGCGUGGGAGGGUGUGCCGCGAGCGCUAGGCGACAAGCUGUACCGCGAGAUCACCGACACCCUCACCAAGUUCGGCAACCCCACCAGCCGGCGCUGUGGCCUCAACGACGAUCGUACCUGCGCGUGUCAGGGAAAGGACCCAAACACCUGUGGAGCCUCCUUCUCCUUCGGCUGCUCCUGGAGCAUGUAUUUCAACGGGUGCAAGUACGCCCGCAGCAAGAUCCCCCGCAAGUUCCGACUGCAAGGAGACCGCCCUAAAGAGGAGGAGGAUCUCAGGGACAAUUUGCAGAACCUGGCCACACGGGUUGCCCCCCUAUACAAGCAGCUGGCCCCCCAGGCCUAUAGCAACCAGUGUGCUAAGGAGCAGACUGCCCCGGACUGCAGGCUCGGGCUAACGGAGGGGAGACCGUUCUCCGGGGUCACAGCCUGCAUGGACUUCUGCGCUCACGCCCACAAAGACCAGCACAACCUGCACAACGGCUGCACUGUGGUGUGCACCCUGACGAAGGAGGAUAACCGCAUGGUGGGGCAGAUCCCCGACGACGAGCAGCUCCACGUCCUGCCGCUCUACACCGUCGCCAACACCGACGAGUUCGGCUCCGAGGAGAACCAGCGGCGCAAGAUGCAGACCGGCAGCUUCCAGGUGCUGCGCAACUUCCGCCGCGAGGUGCGCAAGCUGCCCGAGCCCGCCAAGUCCUGCCGCCAGCGCCGCCUCGAGGCCAAGAAGGCCGCGUCCGAGAAGCGCAAGGGCUCCAAGCAGCCGGGGGAGACGCCCGAGAAGCGCAUCAAAAUGGAGGCGCAGCAGGUCGCCUCCCCCCACCUUCAACAGGAAAACAAAGCAAUCCCCAAACAGGAAGUGAAGCCCACCGUUAAGCUGGAGAAAACGGAUCCCAGGUACCAGGCCUUCAACGGGGUCCCGGAGGGCUACGCGUCGCUAGGGAAACGACCUGCGUCGGACCCCUACAACACAAGCGGCGUGUACUCCUACCCCGGUUACUAUGCAAGGAGUGGGCUUCCCCCGAACGGAAGCCCUGCCCCAGGCCCAAUCAACGGCUUUCACCCCAACCUCUCUCGGCUGCCGCAUGGCUACUACAACUACCCCACUAACGUGCUCUUCUCGCCUGGCUUCCUGGGCUACGACGGGCGGAACGGGGCGUGGUCUAACCCCGCGGCAGUCGCCUCGAUGGACCGGAAGCCGGACGUCCAGAGCUUGCAGGCCAGCUUGGCGCACUCGUACCCGGAUCACCCUGAGCAACAGCAGUCCGCAGCGGAUGACGGAGCCAGGAGGGGCUGCCAGGCCCUCGCCCCUGCUCACCCUCCCCGGCCCCUGACAGCCCCGGCCGACUCCGCCCGCAGAACCAUGCCCGCAAUCAAGCAGGAGCCCAUGGACACGCCCCUGACCCCCGACUGCAGGGGGGAAGGGCUGCCCCCCCAGCGCUGCGUCUCCACCGGCCCCUACCAGGGGGAGCUGUGGCCGGGGCACAAGCCCAACGGGAGUUUUGGAGUCGAGUUCUGGACCCAAGCUCAACGCCAACACCCCCACCCCCAGCAACAGUGGGGCUCCUACCAGGGGGGUAACCUUCCCCAGAACUCCCCCGCCCCUUCUCCGGCCCCAUCCCUAAAUCAUGCCCCCUCGCCCUCUCCGUCCUUAAGCCACGCCCCCUCACCAUCCCCCUCCAUAAACCACGCCCUCUCACCGGCUCCAUCCUUAAGCCACACACCCUCCUUUAACCACGCCCCAUCUCCGGCCCCCUCCCUAAACCCCGCGCCAUCCCCUUCACCCUCCUUAAGCCAUGCUCAUUCACCUGCCCCCUCCUUAAACCAUGCCCCUUCUCCAUCCCCCUCCUUAAGCCAUGCCCCUUCACCAUCCCCCUCUCUAAGCCACGCCCCCUCUCCAUCCCCCACCUCCCACCACCCUCUCCCCCCCUGUCACUGGGGUGCCCCCAUGGCGUACCCCCCAGGUCAGGCCGGGGGCUUCCCCAGCAACCCGUGGUGCAAGGCUGGGGAAGGCCGGAGCUCCACUCCCCUGGGCCUCCAGGAGAAGGCCUGGAAGUCCUGCGGUGGUUCAGUGGCUGGAUGCACCCCCUCCCUGGCCCCCGAGGGCCGGCUCUUCCCCGACGCCUUCCAGCAGACGGAGGCGGGGCAGGCCUGCUGGGAUCUGGGCGGGGCCUCCGAUCAAGGGGCCGAGCCGGGAAGGCGACAGGAAGAGGACGAGGAGGAAGAGGUGUGGUCGGACAGCGAGCACAACUUCCUGGACCCCAGGAUCGGCGGGGUUGCCGUGGCGCCCGCCCACGGCUCCAUCCUGUUCGAGUGCGCCCGGCGCGAGCUCCACGCCACCACGCCGCUGAAGAAGCCCGACCGCAGCCACCCGACCCGCAUCUCGCUCGUCUUCUACCAGCACAAGAACCUGAACCAGCCCAACCAUGGCCUGGCCAUCUGGGAGGCCAAGAUGAAGCUGUUAGCGGAGCGUGCGCGGCAGCGGCAACAGGAGGCCGCCCUGCUCGGGCUGUCGCAGGACGACAUCAAGGCCUACGGCAAGAAGCGCAAGUGGGGCGGGGCGGCCGCCGGGGGAGGAGCCGGGGCCGCCCCGGGGCAGGGCAAGGACAGGAGGGAGGGCGUGUCUACGCGACAGGCGCCCACCAAUCACACCAACACGGUGGUUACCGCGGCACCCUAUGCCUACACCCAGCUCACCGGGCCGUACAGUCGCUGGGUCUGAGGGGCGGGGCCUCUGGGUGUGCGGGGGCGGGGGCUCUGGGUUUGAGGGGGCGUGGCCAGAG